UAUUUUUAUUUUGCUCAUAGUCCAUAGAUUUUAUUUAUCAUUAAUUUAGUUUAGGUAUAUUGUGUACAUAAUAUAAAUUAUCUGUUUUUCUACUACGACGCUUCGUUAGGGACUUUGUUGGUAACGUAGCUGUCUUCACUUUUCGUCGGCCCAGACGCACAGUGAGAAUCGAAUUGUGGCCAACAAUAACUGUUACGACAUCAAAAACUUUUUACCAAUGAACGACAUUAAGUUGUGACACUGAUUUACUGUACAUAUUACUAUUUUUAAAGAUAAUUUCAUCAAAAAAUGUUUCUUUGGGAUUGGGUUACUGGCGUUCUAGGAUAUUUAGGACUGUGGAAAAAAUCAGGAAAACUACUAUUCCUUGGUUUAGAUAAUGCUGGAAAAACUACUUUAUUACAUAUGUUGAAAGAUGAUCGUUUGGCACAGCACACUCCAACAUUGCAUCCAACAUCUGAGGAAUUGUCUGUUGGAAACAUAAAAUUCACAACGUUUGAUUUGGGUGGCCAUUCACAAGCAAGAAAAGUAUGGAAAGAUUAUUUCCCUGCUGUAGAUGCAAUUGUAUUUUUGGUAGACGCUUGUGACAAAUCUAGAAUUAUGGAAAGUAAAAAUGAAUUAGAUUCAUUAUUGCUUGAUGAAUCCUUAUCUAACUGCCCCGUACUCGUUCUUGGUAACAAAAUUGAUAGACAAGGUGCAUUGAAUGAAACAGAAUUAAGAAAUUACUUUGCAUUGAACCAAACAACUGGAAAAGCUAAAGUACCCAGACAAGAUCUUCCGGGUCGUCCUUUAGAAGUAUUCAUGUGCUCCGUAUUGAAACGCCAUGGUUAUGGAGAAGGGUUCAGAUGGCUGGCACAAUAUAUUGAUUAAUGUUUAUAAUAUAUGUUAAAAAAAUAUAUAUUUUAAUUUUUAAA